UUUAAUUUAGCAGAGAUCACUUAAUGAAAUAAGUAUAUUUCCUCAGCAGAGAUUACAGAUGGAAAAGUUCCCAUUGCUUUGUAGAUGCCAGAAUGUGAGACAUUAGUGCAGUAAAAUCCAUUCUAUUAAAUGGUUAAUUAAAAUUAGAUCCUCUAGGAGCGUGUAGCUGCGGGCUGGCACGCGCCACCUGUACCGGAACUCCCAAAUGGGCGGGAGCCACUCCUGGCCGACGGCUCAUGUCUCUGCAGAGCCGAGUCCCUGGCCCCCUGGCACAGCUGUGUUUGGCGGGACAGCUGCUUGGCGCCCCACGCCCCUGGCCAGGCACCUCAGCCUGUGCCAAGCGGACCCGCAGCAGUGCGUGGGGUCCCCCGGCGUCCCCUGACGCCAACGGGCCCCGCACGCGGACCCCAGCGGGAGUUGGGGCUUGGGAGGCGCUGGCGGUGGGGCGGAGAGCUGGGGUGUGCACCUGGGCCCCCCUGGCCUUGGCGGCGAAGGUGGACCCGAACACCUGCACCAGCUGGAAGGAGGCAAAAUCCUUUCUGAAGGGCCUGAGUGACAAGCAGCGGGAGGAGCAUUACUUCUGCCGGGACUUCAUCAGGCUGAAGAAGAUCCCGACCUGGAAGGAGACGGCGGAAGGGUUGACCCCGAAGGUGGAGGAGCCCAAGUACAAAAAGGACGAGCAUCUCAAUGAGAAGAUCUCCCUGUUCCGAGGUGAUAUCACCAAGCUGGAGGUGGACGCCAUCGUCAACGCCGCCAACAACUCCCUGCUGGGAGGAGGCGGUGUGGACGGCUGCAUUCACCGGGCCGCCGGGCCGCUCCUCACCGCGGAGUGCCGGACCCUGCAGCACUGCGAGACUGGGAAGGCCAAGAUCACCGGUGGCUAUCGGCUGCCCGCUAAGUAUGUCAUCCACACGGUGGGGCCCAUCGUCCGCGGAGCGCCCAGCGCCAGCCAGGCGGCCGAGCUCCGCAGCUGCUACCUGAGCAGCCUGGCCUUGCUGCUGGAGCACCAGCUCCGCUCCGCCGCAUUCCCCUGCGUCUCCACCGGAGUGUUCGGCUACCCCAGCGAGGCAGCCGCAGAGGCAGUGCUGGGCGCGCUGCGCGAGUGGCUGGAGCAGCACAAGGACAAGGUGGACCGGCUGAUCAUCUGUGUGUUUCUGGAGAAGGACGAAAACAUCUACCUGCAGCGGCUCCCCCACUACUUCCCAGUGGCCUGACCAGGUCUGAGUUUGCACACCCUGACCAGGGCGGAGUCGCCUGGGCCUGCUGGACCUUGUCCCCAGAUCUAAGAGGUUGCUGAAGCCUGCACCUGGGCCUGGCCACCCCAUCCUGUCCCCCAGCCCCUGCCCCUCAGCAGCCUCCUAAUGAAGACCACCCUUGUUGCAAUAAAUAAAUAAAUAAAUAAAUAUCCUCUC